GUUCCUGAUAACUUCCUCAGCUUCCCAGGGAAACUCAAUACUCUUUCCCUCGAGCUCAUCCUAAACACACAGAAUCAACUAUCAUUUCCUAAAAUGGCGGCUGCAAUCCUGACGCCUCCUACAUUCUUGGGACGAUCAUCCAGCCACUUGGUGCGUUGCGUUCACCGGCCUGGCACCUCCCCUUUCUUCCACAGCGCCGUCGUCUCCAGCCGUUCCGAUUGGCUCAGCGCCUGCUCCAUCCUCUCCAGCAACGUCUCCUCCCACCAACAACAAGAGCCACCGCCACCGCAGAAUCCAGCUGAGGACAACCAUGAUCUUCUGGCAACUACAUCCUCCUCCUCUGGCUCCAUGAUGGACAUCGUGCCCCUCUGCCUCCCACAGCCACUCACCAUCGCCGACCCGUCGCUCGCCCCAAAACACGGAUCUCAGCUGCGCGUGGCGUACCAGGGAGUGCCGGGCGCCUACAGCGAGCCCGCCGCCGCCAAGGCCUACCCCAACUGCGAUGCCAUCCCCUGCGACCAGUUCGAGGCGGCGUUCCAGGCCGUGGAGCAGUGGGUGGCCGACCGCGCCGUCCUCCCAGUGGAGAACUCGCUAGGAGGCAGCAUCCACCGCAACUAUGACCUCCUCCUGCGCCACCGCCUCCACAUCGUGGGCGAAGUGCAACUGCCGGUGCACCACUGCCUGCUGGCGCUCCCGGGCGUGCGCCGGGAACAGCUCACUCGAGUCAUCAGCCACCCGCAGGCGCUGGCGCAGUGCGAGGACACGCUCACGGCCCUGGGGCUGACCUUGGUGCGCGAGGCCUUCUACGACACUGCCGGGGCGGCCGAGUACGUGUCGGCGAACGGCCUGAGGGACACGGCGGCCAUCGCAUCGGCGCGGGCGGCCGAACUCUACGGGCUGGAGAUCUUGGCGAAAGGGAUCCAGGACGACCAAGGAAACGUGACGCGGUUCGUGAUGCUGGCGCGGGAGCCGAUCGUGCCGCGGGCCGACCGGCCGUUCAAGACCAGCAUCGUGUUCGCGGCGCACGACCACGAGGGAACCUCGGUGCUGUUCAAGGUGCUCUCGGCUUUUGCGUUCCGCGACAUCGGGCUGACCAAGAUCGAGAGCCGGCCUCAACGCCGGCGGCCGAUCCGGGAGGAGGAACAGCGGGGGGUGCCGGAGGAGGAGACAAGGGCCACGGCCAAGAAUUUCGACUACACCUUCUACCUGGACUUCCAGGCGUCGCUGGCGGAGCCCCGCGCCCAGAACGCCCUCGCCGAGGUCCAGGAGUUCACCUCCUUCCUCCGCGUCCUCGGCAGCUACCCCAUGGACAUGACCCCGUGGACCACGGACAGUUGACCAUUGGUCCACAUUGCACCAGUGCGGUGGUUGUUGACUUGCAGCAAAUUCAGUGUGCGGUCAUCGUUGUGCUGAUCGUUUCAAACCUCACCUACUCUUUCUUUCAGUUGUCUUCGAUGGGGGCUUCUGAGUUUUUUUUGUUUUUUUUUGAAAAAAUAAAAUAUCACUUCUGAAUUAAUUAAUGCUGGGUUUUUUUUUUCAAUAUUUUCACAAUUAUUUCCAAUCAAAAAAAUGUAUUUAAUUAAAGUCACAUAAAGAUUAAUUAUGCUA